AUGGCUAUCACGAAUCCCUUCGCAUCACCAACACAGAACGAAAAGAUGUCGUUGCCCAUGCCACCACCUCUUCUGCAUACUAGGUCGGGAAAUGAACUCUAUGAUCGGCCUUCAACACCCGGCAGCAAUCACAUUGUCAGCCCUCAACAAACCCCUCAAGGCAGUCCAAGCAAGCACCACUUUCCUCCAGGUGCUCAUGACUUACCAAAUGUCUUUGACAAUGCUAUGAAACUUCAGCCUCUGACACAGACUCAACCCAAGUCUCCUUCCAAGAAUGAUACCAACCAAGACCCAUUUGCAGUCACUGAGAAAUUCACUCGACCUGCAAGCCCAACACGACAAUCCAAUAAAGAGAAUGCUCCAGGCAGUCCUACCAGAUUUGGCUACAAUCCAAACUCGGCUGCCCAGGCAAGAGAUGCUCCAUACCAGAAAACAGAAACUAGGAGAGGCCCACAGACACGUAAUUUGACUGCAGAAGAGCUCGAGAAGUUGCAAUCGCCCAAGGUUAAGCGUCUCGCCAAUGUCACUCAGCUAUACUUUCUUGACUACUACUUUGACCUCCUCUCUUAUGUGCACCAGCGCCAGACAAGACAUAAUGCUUUCAAAGAGGCUGUGCCAACACCACCAACCACGUCUCAAGUUGAGUACGAUGCUGCAUUGCACAAAUAUCUGGGCCGAGAACGAGCGAACCUAAGAAAGCGACGAACUCGAUUGAGACAUGGUGACUUUCAGAUACUUACACAAGUCGGUCAAGGUGGUUACGGCCAGGUAUAUUUGGCUCAGAAGAAGGACACGAGAGAAGUCUGCGCUCUGAAGGUCAUGCGCAAGAAACUGUUGUUCAAGCUUGAUGAGGUUCGACACAUUCUGACAGAACGAGAUAUUCUCACGGCUGCAAAAUCAGAAUGGUUGGUCAGACUUCUAUAUUCAUUCCAGGACGACGAACAGAUAUACUUGGCUAUGGAGUACGUUCCAGGUGGUGACUUCCGGACCCUACUCAACAAUACUGGUGUUCUACACAACCGACAUGCUCGAUUCUACAUUGCUGAGAUGUUCUCUUGUGUGGACGCGCUUCAUAAUCUGGGCUAUAUCCACAGAGAUUUGAAACCCGAGAACUUCCUGAUCGAUGCCACUGGUCACGUCAAGCUCACAGAUUUCGGUCUGGCAGCUGGUAUGCUGAGCCCGAUCAAAAUUGAAAGCAUGAGAGUCAGACUUGAAGAGGUUGGCGAAACAAGAGUGCCAUUCGGUCUGCCCGCCGUGGAAGAUCGAUCAGUAGAUCAACGCCGAGACGGUUACAAAUCACUUCGAAAGAGGGACGUCAACUAUGCCAAAUCUAUUGUCGGCUCGCCCGACUAUAUGGCUCCCGAAGUUCUCCGAGGCGAGCAAUACGACUUCACUGUCGAUUACUGGUCCCUGGGCUGCAUGCUUUUCGAAGCACUAGCAGGCUACCCACCCUUCGCUGGUGCAACCGUAGACGAAACAUGGCAGAACCUCAAGCGCUGGCAGCGAGUUCUUCGCAAGCCUCAGUACGACGAUCCAAACUAUUUCCUCAGCAAGCGAACUUGGGAUCUCAUCACCACACUUGUGGCUGCCAAGGAGAACAGAUUCAAGAAUAUCACCGAGAUUCACCAGCAUGAAUAUUUCGCCGAGGUUGAUUUCAAUGCUUUGAGGGAGCAGAAAGCACCAUUCGUUCCAGAGUUGGACUCUGAAACCGACGCUGGCUAUUUCGAUGACUUCAGCAACGAGGCCGACAUGGCUAAGUAUAAGGAAGUUCAUGACAAGCAGCGAGCUCUCGAAGACAUGGCUGAGCGUGAUGAGAAGAUGGCCAAAGCCUUGUUCGUGGGAUUCACAUUUAGGCACCGACAACCAGCUGUGGAAGGCGGCGCUAAGCCUGCGAGUCCAAGAAAGCAGAUGGACGAGAACACUUUUGGCACCAUCUUUUAG